CGUCCUGCCAGCGCGCCCCAACAUGGCCGCGGCCGAAGCAGACGUAAAUAUGCCCUCGCCGGACUCGCCCAGCCCCGCGCGGCCCCCGGAGCCCUCGUGGGACGGCGUGGCGGGGAAGCUACUAAAAGAAAAGUUCCUCCUGACGGCGCUGGAGCUGUACCUGGAGUUGGAGGAGCGGGGGAGGGACUUGCCCGUGCUUAAGGAAUACUUCUCCAACCCCGUUCAUUUCGAGGCCCGCACCGCCGCCGAGCCCCACCCCCAGGCAGGCCCCGGCAUGCUCCGCACCUCCAGCCAGACCACGCUGGACUCGCUGGACUGGGGCCGGCUCAGCGAGGACGGGGAGCGGGUCGGGGAUGAGCGUGUGGCCGUCCUGGAGUUUGAGUUACGGAAGGCUAAGGAGACCAUACAGGGCUUACGGGCCACUCUUACGCAGGCUACUGAGCAGCGACCAGCCACCACCACAACCACCACCACCAACCCUGCAACCACCACCACAACCACCACCACCACCGCACCACCAUCGUCAGGGGCAGCGGGGCAGGGUGGGGCAGGGCGGGGCGAACGCUCUGCCACCGCCCCGCCACCCCCACAUGAGAGGCGGACCCUGAACUUCUUGAUCAAUGAAUAUUUGGCAUCGGCGUCGUAUAAAUUAACAGCGAUCACCUUUGCGGAUGAGAAUGAUGACCAGGACUUCGAGCACUGGGAUGACGUGGGCCUCAACACCAGCCGCCCUCCAAGCCUAGUCCAGCUCCUCCGAGACAGUGGUGGCGGCGGCGGUGACGACAGCAACCACCACCACCACCGCCACAAGACUACCACCACCGCCACGGCCGCCACCCAGACAGAGGAGGAGGUGGUGGUGGUGGCGGAGGUGGAGGAGUUGAGGGAAGUGGUGAUGAGGCAGGAGAGAGAACUUGAAAAACUCCACCAUCGCCUCUCCUCCCCCAUCGCCCCGCCCUCCCCCGGCCCCGCCCCGGACCGCACUCAAGGGGAGGGGCGCCCCGCCACCACCCUCAGCCCUGGGGGAAGCACAAGCCGGGUCGAUACAGGGCGGGAAUCCCCAGAAGGAACGUCGGACAGUGAAGGCGGGGCAACGGGGGGAAGCGGGGUGACCGGGGCAAGUGGUUUCGUCAUGAUCCCGUCGCCCACGAGCCCCGAGGAGGACCUGGAGGAGUGCCCCGCCCCGCCUGACUCCAUAGAGGAACUUUUAGCCGGGGCAAACGAGCCUCUUGAAAUUGCCCCGCCCCAGGAUUCAAUAAGUGACCAGAUUACGGAGAUUUUGGAGAGCGGGGCGGUGGAGGAUGUGCCCCGCGGUGUGAGCGAGGUGGUGGGGGAGGGUGUGGAGGAGGUGGUGAGCCCUGAUGACCCCUGCCCUGCCCCCGCCCCGGAGAUGGAGGGGCCGGCCGGGGCGGGGCAGCACCUGGAGUUCCUUGUGUCCGAAGCGAAGAGAUUGUUGAGUGGGAGUUCAGGGAGGAGAGCCCCGCCAGGCCUAGAGGACCGAGUGCUGCAUGUGGGGCUGAUGUGUGCAGCGGGGCGGAGCGGGGCCAGGGUGGCGGAGGCGCUGGCAGGGUGGGGCGGGACAGACCUGGCUGGGGUGGUGGCUAAGACACUGCCCCGGAUUGCCCCGAAUGUGAUACUGGCCAAGCGGGAGGAGGUUGUGCCGCUGGUGGUGGCCGGGGCGGGGCAGCAGGUGAGUGCGGGGCAGCGGGAGGUUCUGCUGGGGCUGCUGUUCAGCCUGAUGAAGCGCCCCGACGAGGAGCAGCGGGCAGCCCUGCUGGGGGGCCUCGGGGCACUGGCGCGGGUGCUGGGGCCACCCCGCCUGGAGGCUGAGCUGCUGCCUCGUGUGUGGGACGACCUGGCCCACCGCCGCCCCGAACGACGACUGCUGGUUGCCGGGGCCGUGGCGGCCCUGGCCCCGCACACCCCCGCAUCGCUGCGCAACUCCCUGCUGCUGUCCAUGGUGCUACAGCUGCUGGCCGGGGGCCCCGCGGGGGAGCGUGACCCCCAGGUGCGGGAGGCGGCCCUCACCAGCCUGGCCCUGCUGGCCACUUUCAUGGAUGACACAGACAAGCUGCCCCAGCUGACCGACGUGCUCACCCAGACCCUGGCCAGCCCCGGCCCCGGCCCCACCCCACACCAGCCCACCGCCACGCACCCCUCCCCCGGCCUGGAGCUGCUGGCCAAGGCACUGCUGUGCUGGGGCCUGGAGGCGGGGCGGCUGGCGGCCGUGGUGGACCCACUGCUGGACCUGUUGGCAGGUCAGGUGGCCGUGCCAGGGCAGGGCGGGGCGGCGGUGGCCAGCACGGUGAGGCUCUUUACCGGGGCAGUGCUGCCGGUGCUGCUGGCCAGCCUGGUGACCUCUGUGCCCGGGGCAACAUCCCAGGAUGGCACACCUGAGACCCAUACCCCAGCGGCCCCCGCCCUGCCCCCACCGCCACCUUGCCCUGCUUUGGAGGGGCUGCAGGAGGUGCUGGGGGAGGGCUGGGGCGGGGCAGAGGCUGGCCUGGCCCUGCUGCACACACACCUGGCCCGGGAGUGGCUGCCACCCUGGCCAGCGCUGGACUACUUGGCGGGGCGGGUGCUGCCGGGGCUGCUGGGGGCCUUGGCGGGGCUGCAUGCCUGGCCUGGCCCUGCCCUGGAUGCCUUCCUGGACCUGUUCUCCCAGCUGCCCCAGUGCCUGGGCCCCACCCUCACUGCCUCCACCCUGGCCCCACUGUUCCUGGCCAGGCUGGACGGGGCAGACCCGGAGGCUGUGCGGCGCGGGGCUACAGGGCUGACGGGGCCAAUGGCUGUGGUGUACGCUGUGGCCCUCCUGGGGCAGGGUGGGGCAGACACAGCGGAGCUGGAGGGGUUCCUGGCUCGGCAGAUCAGCAUCCUGGGGCUGUGCGGGGCACCCCUCACCGCCCCGCUGCUCACCGUGGCCUCCCUCAUGGCCGCCCCCAGGCAGGCUGAGGCCGUGUUGGCCGCCCUGUGGGCCAGCGUGGUGCACCGCGCCCCGGCCGUGCGGUGUGCUGCUGCGGGGCUGUGGGGUGCUGCUGUGACUGGGGCAGAGGACGGGGCACUGGGGCCCCGGGUGGUGCCAGCGCUGGUCACCCUCGCUGCAGACCCUGAGCCCCGCGUCAAGGCCGCCACACUCACGCCCCUCGCAGCCGCCCUCGCCGCCGCCAACACCCCGGAGGUGGUGGACAAGGUGUGGCUACAGCUGGAGACACUGGCGGACGACCCCUCCCUGGCGGACCAGCUGGACUACCACCUGGCCCUGGCCCACACCACCACCCAGCUGGCACACACCGGCCACCCACGCCUCAUACACCACUUCCUGCUCCCCCGCAUGUGUCGGCUGGUGGUGGACGGGGCAGUCGGGGCGAGGCUCGGGGCGGCCCUCCUGGAAGCCUAUUCUGCCCUGACUUGUUGCAGCCUGCCGGAUCAUGUCAUUGUACAUUUCGUCAUCCCACCCCUACAGCAGCUGCAGAAGACCCUCGGACCCACCUCCUUCGACCACAUGGAGACAAUCACGGACCUUCUGCGGGAGUACAGCCUCCGUGCCCAGUCCUCCGCCAGCAUAGACAGGCGCAAGUCCACGCUGUCCCUGGGUGGAGUGGCGGGGCUCAACGCAGCUGCCAACGUGGAGGAGGUUAAGACGAAGGUGAGCAAGAUGUUCUCGGCCGCCUCCCGCCCCUCCGUACCCCUCAAUGCCUCCCUGCCCGGCUUCCUCAAGAAAAAGUGAGGGGUAGGAGGAGGAGGAGGAGGAGGAGGAGGAGGAGGAGGAGGAGGAAGAGAGAAAGGAGAGGAAGGAAGAGAGAAGGUGUAGGAGGAUUAAGAGGAAGAAGAAGAGGAGGAGGAGGAGGAAGAAGAAGAGGAAGAGAGAAUGGGGUACUUACCGCUCUACAAGGAGGAGGAGGAGGAGGAGGAGGAGGAGGUACUUAUCAUCAUAUCAUAUCCCUUUUGUGUAAGAAGAAGAGGAGGAGGAGGAGGAGGAGGAGGAGGAGGAGGAGGUGAAGAGACUAUCAUUAUACAUAGGAAGAAGAAGAAGGAGGAGGAGGAAAGAGAAGAAGAAGAAGAAAAACAGUAGAAGAAGAAGAAUACAUAGGAAGGGAAGAGAGAAUGGUAGAAGAAGAGGAGGAGGAGGAGGAGGAGAUCAAAAGACAUAAAAAAGAAGAGGAGAAAGGAAGGAAAGAAGGAAGGAAGGAAGAUGUUUAGAGUUUCAGGUUAUCUCUCUUCCUUCCUUCCUUCCUUUCUUUCUUUCUUUCUUUCAACUUCCUUCCUUUCCUUCCUUUCCUUCCUUUUGUCCUUUCUUCCUUUUGUCCUUACUUCCUUUCCUCCUUCCUUUCCUUUCUUUCCUUCCUUCCUUUUGUCCUUCCUUCCUUUCCCUCCUUCCUUCCUUCCUUCCUUCCUUCCUUCCGUCCCCCGAAGAGUAAGAAUUUCCGAUGAUUUUUCCUCGGCAAGUACGAUUUUUUUUCUUGUUUUUUUUCCGUUGGUUAAGAUCGGAGACUUCUAAUAUAUUUCUCGUUCGUUGUUUGCGCGUUUUCCUUCGUUGAUUUUAGUAGAUAUGUUUGUCUGUCCGUCUGUUUAGGUCAUAUUUUCCAAGCCGUUUCCUUACUAAAUAUCUUAUCCCAUUCCCUUCCACUGCUUCUUUCGUCACCCUCGACUACAUCAUCUUUCAUAUAUGAUUCCCCUCGUCGUCAAUCAUUUCCUCGGCGGUCAAUCACUCGCUGCUUUUCCAUGUUCGCCUCGAUGUACGAAACCCCCCAUUCAGAGCUUUUCCGUUCGUCGCACACACUCACUUAACGUAACUAUUCUAUAAGCACUGGUAAUGAUUUCGUCUUGUCCCGUUCUGUUCGGGAUGCAAGAGGUUGGAAGCAGACGAUAAGUUCCGCUUCUUCACUGAUUUCUCUCUUUUCAUGUUUACAAAUUCAUCUCUCAUCCGCAAACUCACUUACCACUUACCACAUUGCGAGGUGAACCAGUUAUCAGCCGAAGGGAACAUUUACGAGUCUUGACAGCGCGUAGAUUAUGAUUUUCCAUGCGCCGGCUCGGUCCGUUACCCCAGAGUAUAGUUACGUACCUAGAUAGUUAACAUACAUCCUCCUCUUCGGUGAUGUGAGAGCUGGGAUGUUAGAGGUAGAGAGAGAGAGGGAGAGAGAAUAGAGAGAGGAGGAAGAGAGAGAGGGUAUAAGAGUUAGGGAGAGAGAGAGAGGAGGAGGAAGAAAGGGUGUAAGCGGUAGGGAGGGAGAGAGAGAGUAGGGAGAGGUACGGAGGAAGGGAAAGGUUACAUAAGGGUGCGUUACGUAGCGGGGAAGCGGCGAACCGUCACGCCUUCAUAGCAUCUCCCCCGUUCGUUACGUAAACAAGACUCCGCUGCCGCACACUCCAGUCGCUGUGAAGUUAUUCCGCCCAAAGUGUCUACGUAAAUAUAAGCUGUAGUUUGUAGGUUUGUGUGUUUGCGCGUGUGUGUGUGUUUGUGUUUUUUUCUGCCUGUUUUGUUUUGUUUAUUUCUUGUCUCGAUCUUUUUUUUUUUAAUGUUUCUCUCGUCAGUCUGAUCUUUCAAUCUUCCGUCUCAAUCAUAAGUUUCUCAAGUCUUCAUUUCAUCCCUCAAUUUCUAUCUGUCUCCCGUCCUCGCUCUUGUUCGUCUAAUCUUUCAAUCUUCCAUCUCGAUCGUAAAAUUUCUCAGUCUUUAUUUCAUCCCUCUUGCCUAUCUAUUCCUUCCGCUUUUCAUCAUGUCUUCAAUUUCUAGAUCACCUUUUCGUCUUUCAAUUUCUACCUGUCAAUCUUCCUCACUUUCGUCCAUCUAAUCUUUCAAUCUUCCUCCUCGUCUUCAAUUUCUCAAUCUCCAUUAGUGUUUUGUUUUUUCACAUUUACAAAUAUAUCUUUCUUUUAUUCAACUAUAUUUUCAUCUUUAAAUAAUCUACCUGUCUUCCGUCCUUGCUCUAAUCCAUCUAAUCUUCCAUCACAACUUCAAUUUCUCAAUCUCCAUUAGUGUUUUUUUUCACGUUUACAAAUAUAUCUUUCUCUUUUUCAUCUUGCAAUUCCAACCUGUCAACCUUCCUCUCUCCUUCUCCUCUACUGCAAUCGUCACGGCGCCCAAGUCUGAGGUGUGCAUUACCGUCCGCUGGCAACCUGCUGUCACGUAGCAAGAUCAAUUUCAUGCAUAAUAUUCGACAGCCAACACAGCUAACCAUUCAAUGUACAGCAGCGAUGAUGAAUUUACUGUCAAUUAUAGUCAAUUUUGAGUUUUGGUUUAUUCACGUAAGAGCAGACCGCCAGACGACACCUUAGACUUGGGUACCCUGACUCCUACUACUGCUUAGGGGGAUCAAAUAACAGAAUAGUGUAUAUUUUCCGUAUGUAGUUUAUUUCAUUCCAUACGACCAUAAAAUUAACACCCUCAGUACGUAAUCCCACCAUCGAUAGUCUCGCCCUCGGAGCCGUAGAAGAUGUAUCGUAAGGUUAGGUACGGAGGAGGAGGUGGCGGCUUCGUACGCUGUUCCUUGGUGUGCCGUGUUGAACCAGGUUACAUCUUGGCCGAUGCGCCGAGUCUGAAAUACGUAAGAGUGUGUUAUGGAGAGAGAUAAACGGAGGAGAUAGAGGGAAGAUAGAAAGAAAGAGAGAGCAUAUUAUGAAUCUUAGGGAAAGUAAGAGGAGACGAAGCGAGGGGAAAAAGAAGGAAAUAAAGGAAAGAAGAAGAGGAGGAGGAAAGUGUAGGGAAGAAAAGGGAAAUGAAAAAAAGAGAGAGAGAGAGAGAGUCACCUAUGUGUCUGUGGGGUUUGUCAACAUACUGUGGGAUGACAUUCUGUGGGACCUGUGUGCUGUGUGAGAGAGAGAGAGAGAGAGGCCUAUACUUCACACCUAAGCUCUUAAUAAUUUUUUGAUAGCUACGUAAACGGUUUUGUCAAGUCUCGUCAAACGUACAUGCAUGGCUUACACACGUUCAGCUACCCUCCUCCUCCUCCUCCUCCUCCUCCGCCUCAGUGCUCUUACAUUACAAGGGAAAACUAUAAGGGGAAGGCGUAGCAAUCGGAACACCACUGUCGAAAGGAAGAACAGUUACCAAAUCUUCCUUUCGACGUGGGUUAACUUUUCCUAUCUCGGCUCGGUUAUCCAGAGUAUUAACAUCGUUCUCCUCGACGUAAGCGCUGACUCGUAAUGGUGCGUUCGUCGAUGGGUGAGUGAAGAGAUCUAUGUAGAAUGGUGUGUUUGUUGAUGGGUGAGUGAAGAGAUCUACGUAGAAUGCUGUGUUUGUUGAUGGGUGAGUGAAGAGAUCUAUGUAGAAUGCUGUGUUUGUUGAUGGGUUGGUGAAGGGUUGUACGUAAGGUGAAGUUCCGAGUGGUGGUGAUGCGCUAACCACUACGACAUCGAUUGCUGUUCUCCGCCCAGUAGGUUCGUAAGGUCAUCCUCAACUUGUGCCUAUGUGUAGGAUUACGUAUGCACCGACCACUACUACUACUACUACUACUACUACAAUCAUUACUAUUUCGACAGUUCUCAUACUUUUCCUUCUCCUUCUCAUCCCAUUACUACUACUACUACUACUACUACUACUACUAUUAUAUAUCCAUGCAGUGUUAGUCCAUUCCAGUUACUUACAGACCACCAGUAGUAGUAGUAGUAGUAGUAGUAGUAGUAGAAGACACUUGAGGCCUUGUAUAUAGUGCUUUAUUGUGUGUGCGUGUGUGUAUUGAUGUAACACACACACACACACACACACACACACGUCUAAUAACCUGAUUGUACGUGUUAAUAAUAUAAUAAUUGUUGAUUGUGAAGGUGGUGAAGAGAGAGAGAGAGAGAGAGAGAGAGAGAGAGAGAGUAUCCCCUCUAUCUCCCUCCCUCCCUUCCUUCCUUUCUUUUCUUCUCCCUCUUUCAUCUUGUAUUUCUCUCUCUCUCUCCCUCUCUCUCUCUCUCUCCACCGCCUCUACGAAUUGUGGUCUUGGUUGUUUAAGUUCGGUUGUCGAGAGCUCAACAUUUUUUUAGCCUAAGAUGAAAAUACUAUAUGCAGAUUUUUUUUACGGGCACUGUAUAUAUGCAUUACUAUUAUUAUUACUAUUAUUAUUGCUAUUAUUAUUAUUAUUGUUGUUGUUGUUGUCGCUGUUGAUUGUAUGUACGACGACGAUUUCUAAAUAAAAAUGGUUCUCUAUAUUGAAUUUUUGAA